GUUGCAGUUUCGUGCGUGUGCCGUUCACGCACCUUUUCGGGAACGGACAAGAGCGCGGUAUGCGUGCAACAUUGACGAUGACGCGCCUGAUGACGCUCACGAACUGACACGUUAACGUGAUUGGGAACGAUAUCUCUUGUGACUUUUGGAAGUUUGUUCGCCCUUUUCGCAGUUGUGGUGCUUUUUGAAAUGCUCGAGACAGUUGUCAAUAGGUCUAACCGCCAAUAUCCUUUAGCGCAAGUGAAAAAGAGGAAGGUCGAGCCAGGUAACCCCUUCAGCAUGUCCACAUCGAUAAAAUCGCCGCUCAAACAAGACCAAAUCGAAGAUAAACGUCGGAAAAAAAUAGACGAAGAAUGUUUGAAACCACUAAUUCUUCCACAGAAGAAGAGAGCGUUGCCAAACUCCUCAAUGAACAGUCCGGCGAAGAAAAUCCAGAAGAUCUCUUCACAAAAUUCUUCAGCUGACGAGAGCGUAGCCGAUGAGAAUCUCAUCCGUGAAACGGAAGCUGCACUAAAGAAUUUAUCUGGGAGUUGGCCUGGACCUAGAGGAUCGUCGUACGUAAAGCAAGAAGAGCCAGCUUUCGAAAACCUCUUCGACGAGAACAAAGCCAAAGUGAAGAUGUCGCCAUCCUCAUCUUCUAACAGCAGUUCCGAAAACACCUCUUCCCUAAAAGAUGUGAUAACGUUGAGGGAUCAACAUGAGGAAGAAGAAAAGUUCUCCGACAAGAUUGGGAAGGUCAGACAAGAUGAUGGUUUCAAAAGGAGGAGUAAAAACGAUGGUGACGUUUACAAGCCACCCGAUUUCAACGAGCUGGUGGACGACUCCUCCAACGAGCUGGAGAUAGACAUGUCGGAGUCGGCUGCUGAGAUGAACGAGACCAGGACGAAGCCUGAUAAGACCGGUGAGGAUUUGAAGAAGUUCGAAGGUAUGGUCAAAAACACCCAGUCGUCUCCUUUCUCCUCCACGUCAGCGUUUCGACCUCCACACCCUUCCAAAGGUUCUACCCUGGUGAACCUAGGUCCUUUUCCUGCUGAAGCGACUUUUGUGGGUUAUCCAGAAGCCAUCCCCACGGAGGGUAAGCAUCCAGUUCUCAAGCCGGCCGAGAUAGGACCGGAGACUACGUCCAACAAGUCACCGGAGGGUGCGAACAAGCAGUAUACGAUCCUGCAGCCGGCCACGUUGGGAUCCAGGACCGCCAGCACGUUGCAGGAAUCGAAGGAAGGGGGUGCAAGGGCGAGUGCAGUCGGCGGAUCUUCCGCGGGUGCUGCGAGCAACCCCGUAGGGAAAGCUGUGACAGUUGCAGGGGGAGCGUGGUCGCCGAACAGUAUAGGAAGAGAAGGAGCAAAAUGUCCAACGCCAGGCUGUACAGGACAGGGACACGUAACAGGACUUUACUCCCAUCACCGAAGUCUUUCCGGAUGCCCUAGAAAGGAUAAAGUAACCCCAGAAAACGACUUCUCCUCCACAUCCUUCGAACCAAAAAAGAACCAAAUGGUAAACAGCGAAGACAUCAAACCAGGUUACACAGUUGGAUACAAUUCAAGCAGCCAAGAUUCAUCGUCUACAAAACAAACCUACGACCAGUAUUACAAUUCCGAACUCAACCAGCUCAAACCCGAAUUAAAAGUGCCGAAAAGCGAGGUCAAUACCAGCAGUUGCUGCGGUAUGCAGGGUCAGCCAGAAUUGCUGGUUCCAAAGACGGAAAACCCAAGCAGUUGCUGCUCCCCAUCUUCGGGUCUACGGAUGGGCUACGAACCUUACGUCAAUCAAGACUCCAACUCGUCUUCCAUAUCCAGUAUGGAGGCUUCGAACUCCAGGAAUAACCCGCACCAAUUAUCGCACCCUGUGGGUCCCCAUCACAACCAGCAGUCGCCGUACAGCAUGGAUAACCAUAUGCCUCAGAGGUCGCCGUACCAUCAUCCUUCUUCGGAAGAGAUUUACCAUAGAGACAGGGUUUAUGCGGACAUGAGCGACUCUAUGUCGAGCUCAACAGUGGCGAGGCCCAUUGUCACAUACUCCAACGAUAUCAUGAGACCGUAUGACUCUGGGAUCAUGAAUUCAACCAGUCAUAGACCUUACGACCCCGGCACUGGAACCCCAACAGCUUUCGAAAGGUACGAACCUAAUCAGUGUGUACAGCAACCUUUGCCCCAGAGAAUCGCCUCCUCCCAAAAUUUGUACAGCUAUGGGGGAAUGGCGGAGCAGCAGGAACAAAGGUAUCAGCAGGAAUCUUCGUUGACGCAACAACACAUGGCGGCAGUGUCGCAGAGUAUGAUCAAAACUGAGGCGCAAGAACCUACAGUGCCGAUAUAUCCUAGACCGAUGUACCAAUACGAGCAGGCAUCGGGGGGUCCACUUCCUGUGGGAUUUUCUGCCAUCAACCUUUCGGUGAAAUGUGUGACAACCCAGGCACAAAUGAAGGGUGCUGGACCCCACACGUCUCCAGGGGGUUCAGUUAUCGAUCUCUCCACAUCGAGCGUAACCACGAGUCCUCAGGUGGCAUAUAACUCACCUCAUUACGGGGGCCAACGAGUCGGAGGAAGUCCGCAAGCUGCGGCCAGUCCCCAUCUAUCUGCCAGCCCGCAAGUUCCGAGUCCGCAGGGACAGACGCUGGACCUCAGCAUCAGCCGACUGUCCCAUAGCAACGCAAGUCCCCAGUACCAAACCAGAGAGGGCUCGAUGCCGGUGCCCCCCGGCUUCAUAGGUACCCCCCGUGAUGAACAGACAGAACCGGUCGAUUUCUCAACGGCAAACGAACCCGUUAAUUUCAGUGGCGUCCGACCGGUGGCUUCGUUCGCUGGACCAAUUCUGGCGCCCGGAUCUGGAUACAGCAGAGAGUCGUCGCCGGAGAGCGGAGGAUCCCACUAUAUGGACGCCUACAGGGACUCUUCAGGAUAUACGCCUAUGAGUCCACAUCCAGGCUACGGGAUGACCUCAGUGGCCAGCGACUACCCAUCCAACCCCUACACAGCGCCCUAUCCAGGUCCUGGAGGAUACCCUUGUGGUACAGGAGGCUACCCAGGCUCAGUUACCAGCGCUUAUCCCGUGCCUCCUGGAGGAUAUUCCCCCAACCCGUGUUAUUCGAUGCCACCUCCGCAACAUUCUCUGUCCCAACACGAGAAAUCGUCGAAUAAAGAUGGAAGCAUCGCCGGUUGUCCAAGAACCGACAGGACCCAUAUACAGGCUCAUUCUCAAGAACUCAAAUGUCCGACGCCAGGAUGCGAUGGUUCAGGUCACGUGACGGGAAAUUAUUCUUCGCACAGAAGUCUUUCUGGUUGUCCUAGAGCGAACAAGCCCAAAAGCAAGCCUAGGGACGGUCAAGAUUCUGAGCCUUUAAGAUGUCCUAUACCAGGUUGUGAUGGAUCUGGUCAUGCAACAGGAAAAUUUUUGUCACAUAGAAGCGCUUCUGGUUGUCCGAUAGCUAAUAGGAACAAGAUGAGGGUACUGGAAAGCGGUGGAUCGGUGGACCAGCACAAAGCAGCAGUAGCGGCGGCCACAGUCAUGAAAUUCGAAGGUGUCAACUGUCCGACCCCCGGCUGCGACGGCACUGGACACAUCAACGGUUCCUUCUUGACUCACAGGUCCCUGAGUGGAUGUCCGGUGGCUGGCCAGGGUGUUAAAAAAUCCAAAUAUCCAGACGAUAUGUCGUCGUUCUAUUCGAAGAAUUAUUCAGGCAUGGAAAACAAUGGGAAUACCGAGGAUCUCAUGACCUUGGAGGCUGAAAUAUCCGAACUGCAGAGAGAAAAUGCAAGGGUUGAAUCUCAAAUGAUCAGGCUGAAAUCAGAUAUUAAUGCCAUGGAAAGUCAGCUCAACCAUGGUGAAAAGGAAACCCAGGCGAUGGCCCAAAGGAACAACAACCUGAACGAAUACUACGAGAGUCUCAGGAACAACGUCAUCACCCUUCUCGAGCACGUUCGACUGCCUGGCGGAGGUCCAAACCCGGAGAAAAUCGGCCAGGAGAAUUUCGAUUCUUACCUUACCAAGUUGCAAACCUUGUGUACCCCCGAAUCCUACUGUAAUGAAGACAGUCGGCCCCUCUAUGAAACUGUUAAAUGUGCAUUACAAGAUUUCACAGUGUUACCUACGCCGAUUUAAGAUGUGUCCUUUUGAUUUUUUUUUCUUUUUUAAACAUUUCGUUGAGAUGUGGAAAUUGCUUCAAUGACAUCAGGUUCGGAGGUAAGUAUAUCGGAAACCCAGAAAUUCAACACAAAACCAAUAUUUAACAAAAUGAAUAAUUUGGUGGAUGCGCAAUAUUAAUGAUAAAUAUUAUCAAAAGCGCAUCCGCCAUGUACUGCAAUGUUUGGGCGCAUCCGCCAAAUAUCACAAACCUAAAAAUAUAACCUACCUGUUCAAAAUCAAGUUGAAAAUUUGAUGAAACGUAAGCUGAUAUUUCUUCUUCAUCACGUUGAUGAAAUUUAACAAUCCAUGAUCAUCAUUUUCUAAUUAAAUUCAUCACACUCAUAGGCUGAUGAGUUUUCACUACUUGUCGUUAGAUGUCGCUAAAUGCGAUUAACAAAAUCAGAAGAAUCGGCUUUUUUCCAUAGACCUAUAAUAACCAAAGAUUAAUCUUUGAUAAUAACAUUUUAGGUCUAUGCUUUUUUCACUGGAAUUUCCCAUUUUUUUCACUAAUAGUGGUUUAUAAUAGGUGCGAAAAAGUUUGAGCUAUAAUUUCUUGUCAAAAAUGGAUUUUUUUUUUUAAUUAUUUUUUCUCUAAAGCAUUUAUUUAAAAAAAAAUUACAGAGGAUCUAGGCUAUUUUUCGACAAAGAAUUAUGGCUUCUAUUUAUUCACACCUGAAUAGGUAUAUAUAAGAGCAUCCACCAAUUAUCAGGUACAAGAGAAAUUCUAAUUUCUCUUGUGCGAUUAUGUUAAUUUUGGUCCACAAAGAAAUAAAAGAUUUCAUUCAUGAAAUUUUCAAUGGAAGAUGAAAUCAGGGCAAAAAAUAUUUCCUUUCAUAUCUGAUUCUCAUUGAAGCAAAUUCUCCAAUAGCCUUUGUUUGAGCAUUAAGAGUAAUCUGCAAAUGAUGAUUCAAUAAAAGAUCUUAUGCAUUUGUAUUUACCCUAUAUGUGUUUCAGUUAAUUUCAACAUGAACGUUUGGGUUAUUAUCUGGAAGCAAUGUUCGAUGUUAGAUUAUACUAAUUGUUGCAAACGAAAAGUUUCAAAAACAAUUUAUUCGAAUAUUCAGUUAGCAUAUUCGUUAGAAUAACUCUUUGUACGUACUCAUAAAAUGUGAUCUUUUGUAAAUAGGUAUGUACUGAAAAAAGUGUAAAGAAAAAUACCAAUUCUGUUUUAGAAUAAUAUUGUAUAUUUAUAUUGUAAAUACUGUUUUUGUUCUGUUAUCAUUCAUGUGUAAGUAUUUGAAUUGUUUUUAUUCAAAACAUAUAAGAUGUCUCUUUGUUGAUCAAUUUGUACAGAAUAUGCUGAUUAACUCAUAUUAAAUUGUUUAAAUUAUUCGAUUAGUGCAAUACAGUCUGUUCAUUUUUAUCUGCGAUAAUUAUAUUUUGCUAGUAACAUCAUGAUUUCAACUAGCGUUUCUGUUUUUCCUCUCACAAUUUCAUGAUGGAAUGAACACAGUGUUUGAUGACUUCGUGAAAUCACUAGUAGUUUAAACCCUUGUGCAAUAUGACACGUCCGCCAAAAUUAGAUCUUAAUAUUUCGAAAUUUAUUGUUAUUAAAUUGAAAUUUAAGUCCCCAAACUGUGUGUUAUACUGAAUGAAACUAACAUUCGUGUAAAUAAUGAAUGAGACCCAUACAUCAUAAUUAUUUAAAAUCGUUUCCACCAAAAUAUAUGUUAUAUUAAUGUGUUAUUAUAAAUUCAUUUAAUAAAA